AUGACUUUAGAUUCAGUUGAAGCUUAUCACAUUCUCCGUAAUGGAAUUACUGGUGGUUUAUCAAAUGUUCAACAUAGAGUAAAUCUUAAAGGAAUCACGCACAUUAAUAAACUUUCAUAUAAUCCAGAAACUAAAACUGUAUCAAAUGAGGACACCACCAACAUCAUGACUCAUUUCGUUGGUGUUGAUUUUAAUUCAUUAUAUCCUUCAUCAUUUUCAUCUAAUCCUCAUGAUUUCAUUCAAUAUACUGACCAUAAAAUGUAUAUGCCGGGAAGAUUGAAUGGUGUUAUCAUUUGUGAUACAGCAACAAAGAAAGCAAAAGCACUGGGAAUAAUUAAGAAGAAAAAUACUUUAUUCGUGGCUGAAGUAAAGGGUCACAUUGAUGAAAAAUACAUUAAUGAUUACAUAAACUUUUUACCGAUAAUAAGAAACUUAGAUAUUAUCACAGAUGAAAAAACAAUUGGCAGUUUUAUGUAUAAUUACAUGAAAUCAAACAAUCUACCAGUUGACCAGAAACAGAGGAAAUUAACUCAGUUAGCAUCAACACACAACCAAUAUCAACCAUUUUCUUCUUAUUAUCUUUGGUAUCUAAUCGACAGAUUUCAUUUUAUCAUCGAUGAUAUUCAAUCAAUUUUAACAUUUACUAAAAACACUUGUUUUAAUGAAUUUGCGAACAAAUUUAUGAACGAAAGACAAAAGGCUGAAUUAGAAGGAAAUAAAGGAAAAAGUUUAUUUUGCAAGAUUUCACUUAAUGGAUCAUAUGGUUACGAUGCAAUGAAUACACAAAAUUACGCAAAGACUAAAAUAAUGAAUGCACAGAAGGCACGCGUUGCAUGUAUGUCAAAUAAGUUUAAAAACAUAAGAGAAAUAGGUGAAGAUACAUAUCAAGUGAUGCUCAAAGAUAGAUUUUAUAGAUGUGAUACAUGUUUACAAGAGGCAUUCUUCACUUUAGAUAACGCAAAAUACUGGUAUUUGGUUUUCAUUUAUGAUUUUAUGUAUAAAUGCAUGAAUGUUAAUCGUUUUCAUUUCAUUGAAGGUGAUACUGAUUCAUCUUAUUGGGCAAUCGCUGGCGACCCAAAUCUUCCUAACACUCAAGCAUUUCAAGCAAUUGUUACCGAUAAACAAUUUUAUGAUAAAAACAUUUUCAAAUUCGCACCUUUUGAUUUCUUCUGUUUUGAUGAGAAAUUUAAACCUAAAUUAAAGAAUAAAGCUGAAGAAAAAGCACAUGAGAAGAAAUUAUUGGGUUUAGCAAUUGAGAAACAAGGUGAUAACAUGGUUGCUUUAUGUCCUAAGUGUUAUACUUCAUUCAACGGUUCAAUUGAUGGGGGUGAUUUUAAAAAGAUUGCACAAAAAAUGAAAGGUGUUAGUUUACGACAAAAUAAGCAAUUAACACCUAAAAAUUAUUUGGAUAUAAUAAAUGAUAAAGUUAUUUUCGAUGGUCAGAAUAUUAAUUUACAACUUAAAAACGGGUCAAUGACUCGCUUAACAAUUGGUAAGACUGCAUUAACAGGAGCACACACUAAGGCUGUAUGUUGUGAAAAUGGAUGUUGUAUGCCAUUUAUUUAA